CCCGGGGGCGGCUGGGGUGUCACCACCAACCCGCUCCGGCCGGAAACUGGCGCUUGUUUCCGGCCGGACGGCCGAAAAUCACCGAUCCUGAACCAGCCGCCGGAGUCGGAGUGGCGACCGGGUGUGGAGUAGGCAAAAAGCCACUGGGGGAGGCCAGUCUGGAUCAGCCCCGUCCGGCUCCGGCUCCUGAUCCUGUGCGGAGCGACAGCCGCGGUCGCAGUCUCCGCCGCCGCCUCCGCUUCCAUCGUCGUCGGGGGAGGGGCCGGCCGGACCCCGGGGUCACAGCAGAGGAAUGAGGAGAGGCGGCCGGGCCCCGCGCUCCGCCCCGGCCUAGGGCCUUGCCCCGGGAGCCGCGAGGGGAGAAGGAAAAGGGAGACCUGUCACCCUGAAAACUUGGCCUGGUGCUGUCAUCGUGAAGGGUUGCCCAUGCUACUUUGAUGCACUCUGUGGUGGCAAGAAAGUGUAACCUUUGACCUUGGAGGCUCACAGCCCCUGUCUACACAGGAAACACCUCAUCUCAGUUUGUUGGUGGAGGCCCUGAAUUGUGAUCUAUGUCCUCCCUACAUCCGCUGCCGGAAAGUACUUCAUGAUCACAUGACCCUGGACAUGGAUGCUGUCCUGUCUGAUUUUGUACGUUCCACAGGAGCUGAGCCGGGGCUGGCCCGAGACCUCCUGGAAGGAAAGAACUGGGAUGUGAAUGCCGCCCUCAAUGACUUUGAACAGCUGCGUCAAGUCCAUGCUGGGAACCUACCCCCACCCUUUAGCGAAGGGAGUGGUGGCUCCCGGAUCCCUGAAAAAGGGUUUUCUGAUAGAGAGUCUACUCGCCCGCCCCGACCCACCCUACAGCGGCAGGAUGACAUCGUUCAAGAAAAACGCCUGUCUAGGGGCAUCUCCCACGCCAGCUCCAGCAUUGUUUCCCUGGCCCGCUCCCAUGUCUCCUCCAAUGGUGGGGGUGGGGGGAGCAGUGAGCACCCCCUGGAAAUGCCCAUCUGUGCCUUCCAGCUUCCAGACCUCACUGUGUACAAUGAAGACUUCCGCAGUUUCAUAGAGAGAGACCUCAUUGAACAGUCCAUGCUGGUCGCCUUGGAGCAGGCAGGACGGUUGAACUGGUGGGUGAGCGUGGACCCCACCUGUCAGAGGCUGCUUCCUUUGGCAACUACUGGAGAUGGAAACUGCCUCCUGCAUGCAGCGUCUCUUGGGAUGUGGGGCUUCCAUGAUCGGGACUUGAUGCUGCGGAAAGCUUUGUAUGCACUGAUGGAGAAGGGAGCCGAGAAGGAAGCAUUAAAACGGCGCUGGAGGUGGCAGCAAACGCAGCAGAAUAAAGAGUCAGGGCUGGUGUACACAGAGGAUGAAUGGCAGAAGGAAUGGAAUGAGCUGAUCAAACUGGCCUCAAGUGAACCCCGCAUGCAUCUGGGUACCAAUGGAACCAACUGUGGUGGGGUGGAGAGUUCAGAGGAGCCUGUCUAUGAGAGUCUGGAAGAAUUCCACGUCUUCGUCCUUGCCCACGUGCUCAGGAGGCCCAUCGUGGUUGUGGCAGACACCAUGCUGAGAGACUCUGGAGGAGAAGCGUUCGCCCCUAUUCCCUUUGGGGGAAUCUACCUGCCCUUGGAGGUCCCAGCCAGCCAGUGCCACCGCUCCCCUCUGGUGCUUGCUUACGAUCAGGCCCACUUUUCUGCACUUGUGUCCAUGGAGCAGAAGGAGAGCGCCAAGGAACAAGCCGUGAUCCCACUUACCGACUCCGAGCAUAAGCUGCUGCCCUUGCACUUCGCCGUGGACCCUGGGAAGGGCUGGGAGUGGGGCAAAGACGACAGUGACAACGUCCGAUUGGCCAGUGUGAUCCUGUCCCUAGAGGUCAAACUGCAUCUGCUGCACAGCUACAUGAAUGUCAAGUGGAUCCCGCUGUCCUCUGGUGCCCAGGCUCCCCUGGCCCAGCCCGAGUCCCCCACGGCCUCAGCUGGAGACGAGGCCCGGUCCACUCCUGAGUCUGGGGAGUCGGAUAAGGAGUCAGUUGGCAGCAGCUCCACCAGCAACGAGGGCAGCAAGCGGAAGGAGAAGUCCAGACGAGACCGGGAGAAGGACAAGAAGAGGGCCGACUCCGUGGCCAACAAGCUGGGCAGCUUUGGCAAAACCCUGGGCAGCAAGCUCAAGAAGAACAUGGGCGGCCUGAUGCCCGGCAAGGGCUCUAAGCCCGGAGGGCUGGGGGCGGGGCCCGGGGCAAGCAGCGGCACUGAGACGCUGGAGAAGAAGAAGAAGAGCUCGCUGAAGAGCUGGAAGGCUGGCAAGGAGGAGGCGGCCGGGGACGGGCCUGUGUGUGAGAAGCCCACGUCCGAGCCGGUGGGCAAUGGAGGGAGCAGGUAUAGCCAGGAGGUGAUGCAAAGCCUGAGCAUCCUGAGGACUGCCAUGCAGGGGGAGGGCAAGUUCAUCUUCGUCGGAGCCCUGAAGAUGGGUCAGCGGCACCAGUACCAGGAGGAGAUGAUCCAGCGCUACCUCUCCGAUGCUGAGGAGAGGUUCCUGGCCGAGCAGAAGCAGAAGGAGGCCGAGAGGAAGAUCAUGAACGGAGGGGUGGGGAGUGGGCCUCCCCCGGCCAAAAAGCCCGAGCCAGACGGCGGGGAGGAGCUGCUGCCAGCCCCCCAAGCGGAGUCGCAGGCAGUGGCAUUCUCUGCUGGCUACCCCGGGGGCUUUACUAUCCCUCGGCCUUCUGGGGGUGGGGUGCACUGCCAGGAACCCCGGAGGCAGUUGGCAGGGGGCCCGUGUGGGGGGAGCCUGCCACCAUACGCCACCUACCCCAGACAGUGUCCUCCUGGGCGUCCCUAUCCCCCUCAGGACAGCAGCCCUUCUCUGGAGCCCGGCAGUCACUCCAAGGACGGGGCUCCCAGGGGCGCACUGUUACCACCUACCUUCCGCGUGGCUGAUGCCUACAGCAACGGCUACCGGGAGCCCCCCGAGCCAGAUGGAUGGGCCGCAGGGCCCAGGGGGCUGCCCCCCACCCAGACCAAAUGCAAACAACCGAACUGCAGCUUCUAUGGACACCCCGAGACAAACAACUUCUGCUCCUGCUGUUACAGGGAAGAACUGAGGAGGAGGGAACGGGAACCGGGUGGGGAGCUGCUGGUGCACAGGUUCUGACUGGGGGCCUUGGAGGGCAAGGGGGCGAAACAGAGUGAAGCUCAACUCACUGGCUCAUCAAGACCCAGCCCCCACGUUGACGGGGCAAAUGAAGGAACGUGUGUUGGGAGCCUGGCUAGAAACUCUGAAGGGUGUGUGCGCUCGAGAGCCGCCAGGCCUGCGAGAGCAGGUCAGGGCUGGCGGCGCCUCGGGCUGUACCGGGCGGGCCUUUGCAGAUCUUACCUUGAUGGGACUGAGUAGGUACAAGGGGCAAGGUGGCGAUUCUGUCUCACAACCCCUUGGGUCCAUCCUGGGACCUACAGGAAGAUUGGGGCUGGAGGGCAGAAGUCGGGGGUAGGAACAGGCAAAGGGGGUUCUCAGUCAAUAAAAGAGAAAAACAGACCAAAGCUCUUUUAGGUUGGAAAAAAAGCACAUGGUGGAGUUGGGAGUGUGGAGGGAAACUGGGAAUGAGACAGACUUACUCUUGAUUUGAAUUAAGGUAGAAAUUAGGGUUGGAUAAAUUCUUCCUUAAGGAUCUGGAAAGACAGUGCCAUCGUGUGUGCUCAUGGGUACCUGUUAGGAGGGAGGUAGUUAAAAUUGGUUUAUUGAGAUGGGAAAGGGAAGGACUUACACGGGGAACCCUUUUCCUCUUAGGUUUUGUUUCCUUCUGAACACCAUCUGUCAUCUGUUCUAGUUCGAGAGAUUAGCAAUUGCCCCCAUCAAAAUUUCCCUCACCCUUUUUGAGGGCUGAGCUCCACUAAGUUAAGAAGGUUGUGAUUUUUUUUUUAAGACUUUAAUUUUUAUUUUUUUUUUAAAGUUCCCUCUGGGGAAGGGAAGAGAGUGAGUGAUGAGAAGAGCAGCUGUGUGUGUUGACUUUUCUCCAGGUGAAUUGGUGCAGAGGUGACUUUUUUUUAACUACUUAGCAAUAACCACAUACUGGGGUUUGAGCGCCUCGCCUCAGGAGGAGUGGGAAGAUGGACCUUCGGCCAGACUGUUUCAAACAAAACCAAAAACCUAAAUAGAGCACUACCAUCCUCUGCUGCUGCAUUUCUGUAGAAAGCAACUUACUUUUUUGCCUUUUUUUUUUUUAAGGAAAAGAAACAAAAAGACCCCAGCAAGCAAAAACAUUUUAAAAAAUGAAUUUUUCCCCCCUAUUUAAGUGAUUCCUUCCUCUCUCGUUUUGGAGAAUGAACUGAACAUCCCGGCUUCUUUUGUUAAGCCAUAGCUGACCUUAAUCUGUGGUUAGUUUAUGAAAAUAAAAACAAGACUUUUAAGAAGAGAUAUUUUUGAUAAUAGGACUGAUGUUGAAAAAUGCGGGAGGGGCUGGGACAAUGUAUUAAAAGGCAGAGAAAUAUAUUUUAGUGAACUAUGACCACAGAUGACUCCCGAUGAGCUGAUCUGUCUUUGGAUCUCCCCCUUUCCCUGACCAGCCCCUUCCCCAAGGGGUGGGAGUGGACACAGCAGGGGAGUUCUUUGCAUUUUGCACAAAGCACAAGUCUGGACAGCCUACACUCUGGCCAGCACCAUUUUUAAGAGCUUUAAGCCAGAGGACCUAUCCUGGGCCAAUUUUCCUUUUUCUUUAUUAUUUUUCUGGGGAAAAAAAUCAACUAUGCAAUUGUAUACACUCUUGGGUGCAUACGAAGAAGGGGAAUAAGUGUACUUAAAGAGCCCAGGUGUUCACGGGGGCUAUUUUCCUGUAUUUGGAUUUCUCUUUGGAGGUAUGUACUCAUAACCCACCCCAUGGAAUGUAAUCCCCACAUUUGAUCUAAGGCAGACAGGGUCUGGGUGUGCGUGUUGGGGGGACUCAUGUUUGCCAUAUGUUGCUUCUGCCCAAUCAGGAAAGUUGUCAUUCUGUUUCUCCCUUGGUCACAAAAGCCACCAAGACUGUCCUCUUUAUCGGAACUGCUCACAGUUUAGAAAGGUUCCUUCCUCAACAAACUUCAAAGUCACUUAUUUUCCAAAGCUGAUAGUCUGUUGAUUUAAUCAUUUCCUAUGGCUAUGAAUCCUUAGGCUUUUAUAGACUGGUUUUAAGGAAGCAACGAGGUCAAGGGAGAUAGGUACCAAAGGAGAAGAUGUAUAUAUUUGGGGGGGGGGGGGCUGGGACUAGUAUGAGAUGAGCACUCCCCUGGUACAAAACCUAAGGUGGGGGGGGGGUCCUGAAACCUCAGUAAUCAAGGUAAAUACUGUUGGAAUGCAGUAUUUUUAAAAAUGCAAAAAAAUCCGUGAUGAACAAAAUACCAAAAUUUUAAAGACAGGAUUCAACAGGACUGGGAUUAGAGUGAGGGAAAUAAGGCUGAGCUGAGCGAGUACGGGAUCCUGUCUAUUUAAAAUUGUGACACUUUGUUCAUUGUGGGGGUUUCUUUUUGUUUUUUGUUUUUUUACAUUAGUUUUGAUUUUCAAAAAAUACUGCAUUAAAAUAAUAGUAUCUUGGUUACUGGGUUUUGGACACCCCUUCAAUUUUGUGCCCCACAUGAGUGCCUUGCUCACCUCACCCUGUUUCUGGGGUUGGAACACCACCUCUCGAGCUUCGUUCCUUAACAUAUGCACCCAACAACAGGUGGCUCAUACACCUUGAAUUUGCACAGCUCACCUCGCGUUCCAUAGGCAUCGUCUGUAUCAUAGGAUUCUGGCCUGGACCAAUAGGAGUGGACACAGACCAGGGGUAUUCCCAGAGAAUAAAACCAGGAAAGUUUUGAUUCUCCGCAGGACUGCUGUGUUUGGAUUUGAUCUGUUGCUAGAUUUUAGUUAAUAACUCUUGUUUUUAAAAACAGGACAAAUGAACAAAAACGGAAACCUUGUGUCAUGUUUGCUUUUGUUUUGAUUUAUAAAUUAACUAAACCCAAUUUCUUCUGACUUCUUUUCAAAUAAAAAAGGUGGAAACUUGGGGGUUGGGGUGGCCAUGGGGUGAGGAUGGUAAAAUAGGGCUUUACUUAGGCCCUAUAGCUUUUUAUGAAGUAAUAAAUUAAUAUUUUUCUUAAUUUGGGAAGGUAACUUUAUUGAGGCAUUAAAAAAAACCUCUCCAUUCUAAGGACCUUGAGUCAAUGGAUGCUUUUCUAUAGAGAUGAGUAAGGUUUGUUUUGCCUUAUUGGGGAGGAGAUUGUGUGGGAUGGGAGGGGGGGGAGGUGAAGUGAUAAUGCCUGAGAAAUGAACUCCAGUUGGUUUGCGGUAUUUUGGGAAGAUGAGGGGGUGGAAGAGGCAAGCCCAUGCAAUUACUGUGUAGAGGGGAAGGGAGGAGAGUGGUACACGCGUGCACUCAAAAUGAGCAGAAGUUCCUUAGUUAAGGAGAGGUCUGGGUGAAGGGGGUAGGCAGACCCCUUAACCCUAGAUGAGGAUGAUAGCAUCUCUCAGGCUUACAUAAGUGCACUUAGUUCCUUUAAUCCAGGGCAUCGGGGUGCCUACUGAGGUAUUUAUUGGACGGGGGAGAUUUCACCUUAUAAGACAGUGCUACCUGUCCGCCGACUUUCCCCAGCCCUGAUGGAACAAGUACACUGUAGGGUAAGCCUCCAAACUCCUCCCUUCAUCUAUGCUGGUUUAACUGAGGGUCACAAGAUUUAACCAGAAGUUUUCCCCUCAUACUGGAUUCUAUCAUCAAAAUAAAAAGAUUAUAUAAAAAAAAUUUUUUUAAGAUCCCGUUUCUUUACGGAGUGGUGAUGGUGAUAAACAGUGCUGUACAGGGCCUGACUGAAGUAUCCUCUUGUUGACUCAGUUUUUCAAGCAAAACUAAAGCUCACAGACCAAUAAAACAAGCAAAAAUUA